GUGAAUCUGGAAAAUCGACGAUAGUCAAGCAGAUGAAAAUAAUACAUCAGAAUGGUUAUUCCAAAGAAGAGCUAUUACCUUAUCGGAUAGUAGUUUAUAAAAAUCUCAUUGAAUCAGCACAGACAGUUGUUACCGCUAUUAGAAAAUUUCGAUUAGAACCUAAGAAGACAAUAAACAGAGUUUAUUUUGAUACAAUCAUGGAAUAUUGUGUAGGAUCUGACCCUACUUUUCAAUUAAAUCCAGAGAUAGUUGAAGCGAUCGUUUCUGUAUGGCAUGAUCCGAUGACAAAGGAACUUUUUGAAAAUAACCACUUUUUUGAUGAGGUAAGGCGAAUCGGGACUCAGGGUUACAUUCCGAAUGUAGACGACGUCCUUAGGGCACGAACCAAAACUACGGGGAUAUCCGAAACAAGAUUUAAUGCGGGUCAACUAAGCAUACAUAUGUUUGAUGUAGGAGGUCAAAGAUCAGAACGAAAAAAAUGGAUUCAUUGUUUCGAAGCUGUGACCUCCAUUAUUUUUUGCGUCGCUCUCAGCGAAUAUGACCAAGUUCUUUUAGAAGAAGGCAGUCAGGUAUUUUAUACUUCAGUCUCUGUUUUUGAAUUUCCAAGAACUAACGCAUACACAAUUACAGAAUCGAAUGAAAGAAAGCCUUAUACUAUUUGA